CUUACUGCAACCACACAAGACACCGAAACCGAAUGCCACUCACUCCUUCUCUCUCUCCUUGUCCUUCUCCCUCUGUGUGCGGGGCGGCGUGCUGAGCUCGGUCGUCCUCUCAAGAUAAUCCCGCCCCAGAGCCGUUAGCCGAUAUCUGACCCCGCCUGCGCCAGGGGGCACGCCCCCGUCGCCCACAGGCGGCCACGACGAGAGCGGGACGGGGAGGGUGGCACCGGUGGCGCUGGUGUGGUUCUUCGGCGAAGGCGAGGCCACCCGGCCCGACCCCCGAUGCUGUGGGGAGGGGGAGGCAAGGGAGAAGUCGUAUGGCGUGGAGGGGGGCGAGCCUGCCGCUGUGGCGUGGGUGCUCGGCGUGCCCACAUGCAUCCUCUCGAUGAACUUGAGCGACCUGCAUAGCCACCAAGUGGGGGCGUGUGUGUGUCCAUGUGUGGAUUCAUGGUGUUGGUUGUGGAUUUGAUUCAGCUGACUUGAGGUCGUUGAGUAUCCGUUGGAGGCUCUCGCCGUCGAGUUCGGGGAGCACCCCCGCCUCCACCUGCCGCUCGAGCUCCACCGACUCGACGCCGCUGACGUCGCGGCUUGUUGGCUCGGAAGGGCAGUUGCUCUUGAUCAACCCCAUCACCUUGAUGCGCUCCUUACGGUUCCUUGGCCUGCAGACACACACACACACAGAGACAUGCACAGACGUGUGUGUGAGUGACGUACCUGAAUCUGAAUCUCGGUUCGCGGCACUGUUGGCAGCGUGCGACGAGCGGCGGGUUGUACUGGAAGCCGCACGCCCGACAGGCCCAGUUUUCCCGCAAGUGCGGCGGGGUGUCUGACGGCGGCAUCUCCUUCUGGAAUAGCAGCGGGCACCUCUCGAGUAUCUCGUCGCAGUCGGACGUGGUGAACGUCACUAUCGAAAACGUCGGCGACUCCUCCUGAACACACAACCCCUCAACGCUUACACGAGGCUGUCUCUCUCUCUCUCUCUCUGUACGUGUGUGUGUGUCGUCUUGCCUGAAGUUUCUUGAGCCAUUCGUCGCACACGCCACUGAAGUUUUUUGGCCACAGACACACACACAUGGAUGGAUGGAUGGAUGGAUGGAUGGGACCAGCCGGACCAUGGAGCGAUGGGGUUGAGCUCGUCCUUGGGAUCCACCACGGCAAUGGCGCGGAAAUCGCUCCGCCGCACUGUCAGCGAGUUGGAGAUGCACGCCGAUAUCGCCGCACGCUCCGCACAGUUGGACCCUGCGCAGACAGACAGACAGACAGACAGACAGAGACGGCGGCAUCCACACAUGUCUUUUGGCAAUGGUGUGUGUGUCGUCGAUUGGUGAGGUAUCUGACGGGCAUACCUGAGGGCAGGGAGAUCUCGGAGUUCAUGCCCCUGUAGAAUCGCUCCUGGCCGUUCUUGUCGACGACCAUGACCACCGCCAGGACGAUCUUGCUCGACUUGCGGUGCCAGAAAGAGUCCAUCUGGCCCUCCAGCGACUUCCACUCAUUCACGUAACGACGCGCCUCGUCCACUAUCCUGAUUGAUCGAUCCAUCAACACACACACACACACACACAUCAGAAACCUCUUUCUUCGGGGGGUUUUCGCGCUUCACUCACUCAGUGACUAACCGUUUGAGCGGUUCCCUCGGGUCGACCUCGCUAUAGAGCCGCAGACGUGUGUACUCCUGCGUCACCAGCCACCGGUUGCUGCCCGCCAGCAGCCCAGGAGGGGGGGUGGUGGCUGUGCCCCCAGUGGCCGACCGGCCGCUGUUCUCCCUGUCCAGAUUCAGAAACGCCAUAUCGCUCGCCGGCGGCUGAUCGGCCUCCAGCUUGGGCGUGUUGGCAUGACUCCCCGGCCGCGACGACCGAGCCCUCCUCGACGACCGCUUUCGUGACGGUGAUUCCAGCUGGUUCCUGCCCGAGUGAUAGGGGUAGCUGCUGCUGGCGGUGCUGGGUGGCGCUGACUCGCAGUAGGGCACCGGCGAUGACUGGUUGCUGUCGAUUGCUGGUGUGGUGAUGGUGACGUACGCUGGCGACGAGGGCCGGUAGGGAGGGGAGGGGGAGGGGCAGGGGGAGGGGGCGGGAGGGAAUUGGACAUGGUGAGGGUUGGGGCCAUUGACCGAGGCCGCAGCGACAGCAGAGUUGCGCACGGCCUCAACCGCAUCGGCAAGUUGUGGGCUCAGUCGCGAUGGCUCCUCGUAGAAGGUGUGUAUCGGAAGACGCCCAUUGGACUUGGCCGCAGUAAUAGGCGGGACGAAGUCGCCGCUCGAGUGAUUUCUCCUGACGCCCUUAUUCGGCCCCCCUCUCUCUCUUCGCCCCAUUGGCCGCACCGCCGACCCAGCUGACGGGGGGGACACACCAGACACCCCAUUGAUGCUGCUCAUGACGCGAAGCCAACACCCAGAAGUGGACGAGAGGGCCGCAGCACGAGCAAACUUUUUGCCUCGGUCCGCACAGACACCGGAGGCUUCUUGGGUUGUUGUUGUCGAUGUGCUGUAGCAGGAGAGCCGUGUUUUGAAGGAGGAGUGGCUCGGCACGAGUGGUUGGAGCCGCUUGCUGAUGACGAAUCGGGUGUGGCGUGCAAGGGCCGGUCCGGGUGGCAUCCGCGGGCCGUCAGCUGCAGCGGACCACCCAAUGGCAUCUCAUUGGCGGUGUGACGAGACGCUCUCAGCUCCAAUUGCUUCUGCUUCCAUUGACCACCGCUGCCUGCUGAAGGCAUAGAGAUUCAUCGCUUCCUGCGUCUUUGCUUCGAUUCUUUCG